GAGCUCUCUCCACAUGCGGCCACUCGAGGUCUCGCUGUGAGAAAGGCCCCUGCCACUCAGCUCGUUAUAAACGUGCUGCUGCCGGUGGCCGCUCGCUCACAUUCAUUCGGCUGAGCGAGGCGCUGCUAUCGUGCCGCCUUCAGAGAAGCAGCAGCAGGGUCUCCGUGUCGCAGUCCUGCGGUUCUCCACUCCAUAUCACGUUUCAAACAGACAAAACCCACAACAAAGAGAGGAGAUAAAAAGAGCAAGAAUUUCUGUUUAAAUUAUACCCAAGCGGAGAAAAAUAAGCAAGAGAUUGAGAGUUCUAUAUAAAAAAAAAUAUAAUUUUCUAAAAAAAAUUCUAUUGAAGUGGUUGACCCGAACCUUCCUCCAUCCACGCUUGUCUUUCUCCCCUUGUGUGUCAGCUUGUUUCUGGUGAGGAAACACCAGUUCCGCGGACAAGAAACCGCAACUCUGAAGGACGGAAACCUGGAGUGAAACCAUGGAGAGCGCGCACACAAAGACUGUGGAUGAAGUUCUAGCCUAUCUUAACGUCAAUGAGACAACGGGUCUUAGUUUGGAUCAAGUCAAGAAACACAAGGAAAGAUGGGGACCGAAUGAGCUACCUGCAGAAGAAGGCAAAUCUUUAUGGGAACUUGUGAUAGAACAAUUUGAAGAUUUAUUGGUUAGAAUUCUACUCUUGGCAGCUUGUAUAUCAUUUGUUCUGGCCUGGUUUGAAGAAGGUGAAGAAACUGUAACUGCCUUUGUGGAGCCUUUUGUAAUACUAUUGAUUCUGGUAGCAAAUGCUAUUGUGGGUGUUUGGCAGGAAAAGAAUGCAGAAAAUGCCAUUGAAGCCCUUAAAGAAUAUGAACCUGAAAUGGGGAAAGUUUAUCGACAAGACAGGAAAAGUGUACAGAGGAUCAAGGCCAGAGAGAUUGUCCCUGGAGAUAUAGUAGAAGUGGCAGUUGGUGACAAGGUUCCUGCUGACAUCAGGCUGACUUCAAUUAAAUCAACAACCCUAAGAGUAGAUCAGUCUAUUCUUACAGGUGAAUCUGUGUCAAUUAUCAAGCACACUGAUCCAGUACCUGACCCUCGUGCUGUGAAUCAGGACAAAAAGAACAUGCUAUUUUCUGGUACAAAUGUUGCAGCUGGAAGGGCAGUUGGAGUUGUCGUUGCCACUGGUACAAGCACAGAAAUUGGAAAAAUUCGUGAUGAAAUGGCAGCAACUGAACAGGAGAGGACUCCACUUCAACAGAAGCUUGAUGAGUUUGGUGAACAGCUUUCCAAGGUUAUCUCGCUCAUCUGUAUUGCUGUCUGGAUCAUAAACAUUGGCCACUUCAAUGACCCUGUACAUGGUGGCUCCUGGAUCCGUGGUGCCAUCUAUUACUUUAAGAUUGCAGUUGCUCUGGCUGUUGCUGCUAUUCCAGAGGGUUUACCAGCUGUUAUUACUACCUGCCUGGCCCUUGGAACUAGACGAAUGGCAAAGAAGAAUGCUAUUGUGCGGAGUUUGCCCUCUGUUGAAACAUUGGGUUGCACUUCUGUUAUCUGUUCUGACAAAACUGGUACUCUCACUACAAAUCAGAUGUCUGUCUGCCGGAUGUUCAUUGUUGACAAAGUUGAAGGCGAACAGUGUUCUCUGAAUGAGUUUUCAGUAAGUGGCUCCACCUAUAGUCCUGAGGGACAAAUAGAUUUGGAUAACAAGGUAGUGAAAUGUUCUGACUACGAUGGCCUUGUUGAACUGGCAACAAUCUGUGCACUUUGCAAUGAUUCUUCUUUGGAUUAUAAUGAGACCAAAGGUGUAUAUGAGAAGGUUGGAGAAGCCACAGAGACUGCCCUUUGUUGCUUGGCUGAAAAAAUGAAUGUGUUUGAUACAGACAUGAAGAAUCUAUCCAAGAUUGAGCGUGCCAAUGCCUGCUGCACUGUCAUCAAACAACUAAUGAAGAAGGAGUUCACUCUGGAGUUUUCCAGAGACCGGAAAUCGAUGUCUGUGUACUGUUCCCCUAACAAACCCACUCGUUCAUCUAUUGGCAACAAGAUGUUUGUUAAGGGUGCCCCUGAGGGAGUGAUUGAUAGAUGCUCGUAUGUUCGUGUUGGAACCAAUAAAGUGCCCCUCUCAGUGUCUGUCAAAGAGAAGAUUUUGUCUGUUGUCAAAGAAUGGGGUACUGGGAGGGACACACUUCGUUGCUUGGCACUGGCUACACAUGAUAAUCCAGUCAGAAAAGAAGAUAUGAACUUGGAAGAGUCAUCGAAUUUUAUUAAUUAUGAAGUUGGCCUGACAUUCGUUGGCUGUGUUGGUAUGCUUGAUCCACCACGAUCAGAGGUAGCUGCUUCAGUCAAGAUGUGCAAGCACGCUGGUAUCCGUGUAAUCAUGAUCACUGGUGACAACAAGGGCACUGCUGUAGCCAUUUGCCGUCGUAUUGGUAUCUUUUCAGAACGGGAAGAUGUCACUAAAAAAGCUUUCACUGGCCGUGAGUUUGAUGAACUUCCCCCAGCAGAACAACGUGAAGCUUGUUUGACUGCUCGCUGCUUUGCUCGUGUUGAACCAUCUCACAAGUCUAAGAUUGUGGAAUUUUUACAAGCUUUUGAUGAAAUCACAGCUAUGACUGGUGAUGGUGUGAAUGAUGCUCCUGCCCUGAAGAAGGCAGAGAUUGGAAUUGCCAUGGGAUCUGGUACAGCUGUGGCAAAAUCUGCCUCUGAAAUGGUACUGGCUGAUGACAACUUUUCCACGAUUGUAGCAGCAGUGGAGGAAGGCCGUGCUAUCUACAACAACAUGAAACAAUUUAUUCGCUACCUCAUCUCUUCCAAUGUUGGAGAAGUAGUCUGCAUUUUCUUGACAGCAGCUUUAGGCUUCCCUGAGGCUUUGAUCCCUGUACAGCUCCUGUGGGUGAAUCUGGUGACAGAUGGAUUGCCUGCCACAGCACUAGGAUUUAAUCCACCUGAUCUGGACAUAAUGGACAAACCGCCUCGCAGUCCUAAGGAACCCUUGAUCAGUGGCUGGCUCUUCUUCCGCUACAUGGCAAUUGGAUGUUAUGUAGGAGCUGCUACAGUUGGUGCUGCUGCUUGGUGGUUCAUAGCUGCAGAAGAUGGACCCAGAGUUACAUAUUACCAGCUGAGCCACUUCUUACAAUGCAGUCCAGAAAACCCAGAUUUUGAAGAUGUUGACUGCGAAGUAUUCGAAUCUCCUUAUCCAAUGACCAUGGCACUCUCUGUCCUAGUGACCAUUGAGAUGUGUAAUGCUCUUAACAGUUUAUCAGAGAACCAGUCAUUGUUGAGAAUGCCACCUUGGGAAAACAUCUGGUUAUUGGGUUCAAUUUGCCUGUCGAUGUCUCUUCACUUCCUCAUUUUAUCCGUGGAGCCACUACCGCUCAUCUUUCAAAUUACGCCUUUGGAUGUAACACAGUGGCUGAUGGUGCUGAAAAUCUCUCUACCUGUCAUUCUGCUGGAUGAGACACUCAAAUUUAUUGCUCGUAACUACCUUGAAGCGGCUAUGGAUGAUGAAGAGGAGAACCAGUAAUUCCCUUAACAAUUUUCAGAAAACUAAGGUUCUUUUGUUAUUGCGUGCAUGUGUGUUUCUAAGCACAACUACCAAGACCAUUGCAUGUAUAAUGUGCAACAAUAGUAUGCUAUUUGGAAGAAAAGUGUGUUUAAAAUUUAGGACUUCAGAGAAACUGUACAUUUGUGCAAUACAUCCUUGUGAACUUUACAGUACUCCAGAGAGGUCAGGUUCUUUGCUAAAGAGAUAAGUGUCACCAACUGUUGAGGACCUACAUCUCUAAGGUUUCAUUUGAAUUUAUAAAUUGUACAUUAUGAAAAUGCAUGCCUUCUGUUUAAGUAACAGAAUCUGUGUAUUGGGUCAACAAGACAAAGAACUACUUUAUAAAAAUGGCUGUGUACAAAAUGCAAUUAUAUUUAUGAAAAACUUAGGUACAAAUCCUGAAUGUAAAUUACAUCCUGUAGGUUGACAGUUUCAUAACUUCAAUGUAUUUUUUUCUAAGGAAAGUUUUUUUUUUUUUUCUCUUUGGUGUGAGAUAAAAUGAGAGAAUUUCUUCUUGCACUGUAACUUAACUCUUUUAAGUUGUAGCGCAUUAACAGAAGCAUUGGUGCAAUAAGAAAAUUGUGAUGCAGAUUUGAAAAGAACCUGUCAGUUGUCAGAAAAUAGCAUGUUUAAUGGUGAAAACCUGUAAAUAAGAUCUUGUGUUUAUUUCAGUGAUGACAUUGUAACAUGCCGGUUUCAUAAAUUCAGGUAAAUAAAAUUACUCCACAUUACAUCAUCUA